UUCUGUCCGGUGUCUUUUGCUGGCUUCACUCGUAGAGCAGAACCGAACUGUAACACCGCGCUAGACAAACCACAAAGAAGAGCGAAAAACGUGUGCAAGUAUGUAACUUGUCCAUUUUUCGUGAAGGAAGAUGUUCUCCUCUAGGAAAAAAUCUCCGAAGAAGUUGUUGUGGGUCUGCUGUCUUCUAUGGUGGUCGCUCCUGCUCGAACUAGCGUCAGGAGCGUCCUUUUAUGGCGAUGGCUUUGUACAGCUGAAGGCAAGAGAGUCGUCCGACCAUAACAAGCUCCGCAUCCGCUUCCGAACUUCCAGUACCAAUGGCCUGCUGUUUCUCGCUGCCGGCCAGGCCGUCUACUUUCUGCUAGAGCUCCACGCUGGUCGCCUGCAGUUAAAACUGGACUUAGGAUCUGGGGAGCAAGUAUUGCAGUCGGAAAGAAGCACACAGCUCAAUGACCUUGCCUGGCACGCAGUGGAGGUGACCCAUUGGAAGAGCAAUGUGACUAUGACAGUAGAUAAGAACUCUCACACAAGUUCAGAAGUCCUUGGCACCCAUCAUGUUCUCAACAUUUUGGAUGGUCUCUUUGUCGGCGGUUCGGUUGGUCUUGACAGACCUUACCUCCCCAGAGAUCUGAUUGGCUUUCGAGGCUGCCUGGAGGACAUUGUCUUCAAUGACCAUGACCUGCUGUCAUCGCUUAGGCCGUAUACUGGAUUCAAGACUGUCCAUGAGGUGUCUUUAGGUUGUAAUCCUCAGUUUUUUGCUACAGAAGAGGACCCCAUUAGCUUCUUUAGCUCUAGGGCCUACAUUUCUCUUCCACCGUGGAAUGGCCAGCAAGAAGCGGUGUUUGAGUGUGUUGUGCACACUUCGGCCAAAGAGGGCAUAAUCCUCUACAACUCUGCCAGAGAGGGGGACUUUGUGGCAUUGGAGAUUCAAGAAGGCUUACUCGUGACUAUUGUUGGGAAAGGUGGUACCAAAACGGAGUUGCGUUCACUCACAUUUAUCAAUGACAGGAAGUGGCAUCCUGUCAAGGUGCGCUUCAGUUCUAAAAUGCUCGAACUAACUGUCGAUGGAGAAGUGGUGAAAAGCAGCAUUGGCUCACGCGCAAAAGGGCUGCAGUUUAAAGGCUACAUUUUCAUUGGAGGCAUUGACGACAGCACCAGAUCAGAAGUCCGUAAGGUUGGGUUGUUUUCUGUGUCUGGAAAACGUAUGCGUGGAGGCUCGUUUAAAGGAUGUUUGAAGAAUAUUGAAGUGAAUGGAGUGAAGAUGGGUCUUUCUAAUGCCGUUGUUACUAAGGAUAUAUCAGUUGGUUGUGAAACAGAGAAAGAACCAGUAUCAUCGACCACUGUGAGUCCAACAAGUGCACCGGAAUCCUUGUUUUUCUUGGUGACACCAACCCCUUCAUUACACAUGUCAACCCUUGCAAGGGGCUUGGACAAAAGGUAUGGCUCUAACUUUAUGCAGCUCAAACCCCUAAUAGUUCAAGAAGGCAGUCGAGCAUCUCUUGAGGCUAAGCAUAUCAAGGUAAUCUUGGACUUCAAGACGCUUGGUAUUCGUCAGUCUCAGAUCAUGUUCCAAGUUAAAGAACAACCAAUGCAUGGUCAAAUAAGACUUGAUGUUGAUCAGGACCAACCUCAAAAUACCUUCAGCAUGUUGGACCUUUGGCAUGAACGAGUCAUGUACAUCCAUGGAGGCUCUGAAGAUCCAGAUGACUUUUUUAUGUUUUCCAUAUAUUCCAGCAGUCGGAAGGAAGUUCCACAUUAUCUGAGGGGUAACAAGUUGUACCGCUUCAACAUUACAGUAACACCCACCAAUGAUGCACCUGAAUUGAGUCUGCCAGAAGGAAAUCUUUUUGCCUUGUUGGAAAACUCAAAAAAACGCCUCACUACAGACAUACUAAAGGCCACAGACAUUGACAGCAACUACAGCAAUCUUGUAUUUACUGUGCUUGGCAACCUGAAUGCAGAGGCUGGAUAUUUGGAACUCGAAAACAACCCAGGAACAGCAGUGAUCUCAUUUUCUCACUCAGACUUGCAAGAAUUGAGAGUGUAUUAUGUUCACACUGGGGUUAGAAACUCUAGGAUAGUGCUUAGAGUCAGUGAUGGGGAGAAGGUUAGCAACACUGUAGUUUUAAGGGUUAUGGCUGUAGCACUUGAGUACAAGAUUGCUAACAACACAGGUCUGAAUGUCAUUCAAGGAGAGAUAGCCAUAAUUGGUUCAAAGCAACUGUCUGUGGAAACCAAUGCUGUGAAGCAAGUGGUUGACAUCCGUUAUGACAUCACUGAACAACCACAGUAUGGAGAACUCCAAAGACUUCACUCAAGUGGUGAAUGGAGGCCCACUGACUCGUUUUCUCAAAGGCUUCUAGAAAAAGAGAGACUAAGGUAUGUUAGCACGUUUCAGGAGAUCCAGACAUCCAAUGCUACUGAUUACUUUAAAUGUAAAGUCCAUGUUGCUGCAAGGGCAAUGACCGAAAUACUUUUCCCAAUCAUUGUGAAGUGGGUGAGGUACAAGUUGGUGAAGAAUGUAGCGAUGAACCUGGACAAAGUCAGAAAAGUGACACUUGACUCUGAGUAUCUCUUUGCCUUAGCUGAGGGUGUGACUCUAUCUGAAGAGGAUCUUUAUUUUAGGGUUCUCACCACACCAAAGAAAGGAAAACUUUUACUGGACACUGCAAUAAUGUCAAAGAACUCAACAUUUAGUCAAAGAGAUGUCACAGAUCUAAAAGUCCACUAUGAACUAGUUGACCGGCCGCACGAAGACACACAUGACAGGUUCAAGUUCCACAUGUUUUCCAGACAUGCCCAGUCUCAGAACUAUGAUUUCCAGUUUUCAAUUAAGGCGGAUGUCAACAGUGUUUUUAUCAGGAAUGAGGGACUCGUUCUUCAGGAGGGAGAAAGUAAAUUGAUCACAAAAAACGAGCUGUUUGCAGAAACAUUGCUUACACAGGAUAUGUACUAUACUGUGAUAAGCAGUCCCAAACAUGGAAAGCUUGUUCGCAUUACUCAGUCAAAUUCAAAUUCUAGCUACAGCAACAUCUUGGCAUUUAGUAAUCAUGAUCUCUCAGAGGACCGGAUAAUGUACGUCCAUGAUGACAGUGAAACAAGCCAGGAUGAGUUCACUUUCAUUUCCUCAACCACCCAAGGUUUCAAAUCUUUCAUUGCAGAGGAUGAAAUUGGGUCCAAAGAAGGAACAUUCAACAUAACCAUUCAGCUUGUCAAUGAUCAAAAACCAGUACGUGUCAUUGACAAAGUUUUCAACGUAGUCAGAGACGGACAGAGGCUGCUCACUGCUGAAGAUUUGCGUUACCAUGAUCCAGAUUCAGAUUUUGAUGAUGACCAAUUGAUUUACAUUCGCCGUGGAAUCCCCAUGGGAGAUUUAGUGCUGGUUAAUGACACUAGUCAUCGACUAUUUGAGUUUCGCCAAAAGGAUUUAAAAGAAAAGCAAGUGUUGUUCAUUCACAAAGGCGUAAGCAUUGGCAGGUUUGUGCUCUUUGUUUCCGAUGGCAAAAACUUUGUAUCAAGUCUUUUAGACAUCAGUGCACAGGAUCCUUUCUUUAAAGCGGCCAAUAAUACUGGUUUACUGGUGCAGAAGGGACGAUCAGUUAGCUUUUCCCCUGCAAAUUUGACUCUUCUAUCAAAUCUGGACAUCAGAGAUGACCAGGAUGUCACAUUCAAGUUGGAUGAGACUCCAAAGUACGGCACACUCUAUCGAGAAGAAAUAGAGGUGGAGUCAUUCACACUGUCUGACCUCAAGAAUGGCAUCAUCUCUUAUCAACAUGAUGACAGCAAACAUCUGGCUGACCAUUUCAACUUGUUGGUAACGGCUAAAGACAUGCAACUUGCAGCGAGGAUCAAUGUGAAAGUUUACCUGGAAAGUCAUCAGAGACCUCCCAUUGUGCAGCAUCACAACACCUUACUAGUAGAGGAAGGAAAACCAGUCAAGAUUGAUGAGACUAAACUAGAGGUCACACAUGAGGACAAUGUGCCAUCUGAGAUUGUGUUCACAGUCAAGGCAGGUCCCUAUCAUGGCUUUCUACGACAUUUUGUAGAAGAAGAAGAACGUUACAUCGGAACUAAAGAGUCUCCUGUCAAGACAUUUACCCAGAACGACAUUAACAGUGGGAACGUCCAGUACAUGCAGGUGGAGCCCAACAAAGUCAACGACACUUUUGUCCUGGAUGCUACCAAUGGGAUUACUGACGUCGGCGAUAUUAGUGUGUCGGUUGACAUCAUACCCCGCCUAAUCCCACUUCAAGUCUCCAAUUUCACUGUGGACGAGGGCGGCUACAAAGCCCUGACACAGGAAGUACUUGAAGUCACCAGCCGGCACUUUGCUGGACUCAACUUCCUGUUUAAUGUGACUGAGCCCCCGCGCCAUGGCCACAUCGAGCACUCUCGACACCCUGGUGUGCCCAUAACAUCUUUCACCAGGAGACAGGUGGAGCACGAAUUUAUCUACUACGUACACGACAGCAGCGAAAGGUUAGAGGACAACUUUACCGUGGUGGCCAACGACACAGGCCUAAGGAAGCAGAGCAGGGCUCAGACAGUGUUCAUCCACGUUGCAGCUGUCAACGACGAGCCCCCUGUUAUUACCGCCAACAGGGUCCUCAGGGUUUGGGUAUCCUCAGUGACAGAGAUUGGCCUGGAGGACCUCAGGGCGCAGGACCUGGACACGCCCUCAGAGGAGCUCCACUUCAUGGUGACCCCACCCAGCAAUGGACACUUGGCCCUAAAGAGUGCCCCCGUGAAGGCAGUGCUCAAUUUCACACAGGCCCACAUAGACCAGGGGCAGCUGCUGUUUGUGCACAAAGGUGCCAUGUCUGGAGGGUUCAACUUCCAGGUUAACGAUGGUGUGAAUUUUACUCCUAGACAGAUCUUCAGCAUCACCGCAAGAGCCUUGGUUCUCAGUUUGGAGCGAAAUCGUCCGCUUAAGGUGUUCCCAGGAUCUUCAACGCCAAUUUCGAAUAAGGAAUUACAAGUAGUGACCAACGAUAUCAGUGAUAUUUCAAACCGCACAAUUACAUUCACUGUGAUACGACAUCCCAAGCUGGGGCGCCUGGUAAGGAAGCAUCCUGAUAAUUCCACAGCUGACAUUGGUACUUUCACACAAGAUAUGCUGGACCGAAAAGAAGUUAUGUACAUUCAAAGUCCAAUUGAGUCAGUGGGUUGGGAAGCCAUGGAUUCGCUAACAUUCUCUGUUGCAUCACCACCUUCUUCUUUGGAGAGUCAGACCUUAAAGAUUGAUAUCUCUUAUGAGAACACAGGACCUGAACACAACACAGUCCUUUUGGCAAACACAGGUGGCAAAGUGACAGAAGGAGCGAGUGUCAUUAUUGACAAGUCAAAGCUUGAUGCGACUAACCUGAUGUCUAGGCUGCCAAUGCCUCAGAGGAGCUCCCAUGAGGUCUGGUUCCAGGUGACGUCAUUGCCGCAACAUGGUGUCAUAGUGGUCGGUGAACGAAACCUCACUAAGGAGAAACCCAACUUUUCCCAAUUCAUCGUCAACAAAUACGGCAUUACCUACAAGCACGAUAACUCAGAGACAACCAAGGAUUUUUUUGUCUUCAGUGCAUGGGUAAAUCCAAAGGGUAAAACAGCUCAACGGCCUUUAGAUGACAGCAAUGUUGUCGAGGAGUCUUUCAACAUUUCAAUCACGCCUGUGAAUGAUCAGGCUCCUGUGUUGAAGACUAAAGCACCGAGUCUGACUGUGGUACAAGGAGAUAGAGUAUCCAUCAAGCCAGAGAACCUGAAAGUAGAAGACUUAGACAAUCCUCCUGAUGAUAUUGUCUUCUCUGUCAUUAGCAAGCCAAACAAUGGUUACCUCGCUCUUGACGAAAGAUUGAAUGAGUCGAUUGGAGCCUUCACCCAAGCCCAGAUCAAUAAUGGAAGCAUUUAUUUCAUUCAUGAUGGUAGCCCUACUUCCGGUGUAUUCUACUUUAGUGUUACAGAUGGCCACCAUAAACCAAUUUACAAACUCUUCAACCUAGAUGUGACAAAGAUCACUAUUGCUCUAGUCAAUCACACAGGACUGACACUUGAGCAAGGUAGCACCGCGGUUUGGCUUAAUCAAGGCAAUCUUGCUGCCAAGACGAACGGGAGGAACACCACUAUUCACUACCAGAUUACAAGGCCUCCAAAGUUUGGAAAACUUCUCUUAAACAAUCUAGAGGUGUCACAGUUUGAACAGGAAGAUGUCCAGACUGGACGACUUGUUUACCACAUGACCAAUCUUUCCUGUGCGGAAGACAGCUUUGAGUUCACCGCCUUCACUUCUGAGGUGAAUCUGAGUGCACAAGUGCUAAACAUCACUGUCACACCUCUGAUCCAGUUUGGAAAACAUGUGAGGGCACCCAGUGGGAUUGCUGUAAAACUUAACUCUGCUUCCCUUGAUGCUUCCAAACUGGCUGAUAUUUGUAGUUGUGACCCUGUAUUUGAAAUUGUGUCCCACCCAAAUUACGGGAAAGUGGUUCGACCAAAGACAAAAAAAUCCCAGAAAUCUGAAGCACUUGAGUCUUUCACUUUCCAGGAUGUUACACAGAAGAAGGUAGCCUUGGAAUUGAAUGCCAACAUGACCGGAGUUCAAGAGUUAAACGACUCAAUGUUGUUUCUGCUGAAAGCUGAUAACAUUCAACCUGCUAAAGGGGAGUUCCAUUUUACCAUUGUGCCAUAUGAUCCUGUCGAUCUUCCAACCACAAAGAGUCCUGUGACGUCCACAUCAUCUCCUUCUCUGACAACAAUCCAGACUUCCAGAAAUGGAAUGACUUCACCAGAUCGGCCCACCGCUGUCAUUUAUACCCAGCAACCAAGCAAAAACCAACGAAGGGUCAGAGGACGUAACCGCUGGGGGAAGUCCAACACAACAAGCAUUUUCACAACUCUUGGCAAACCGACAACAGGAACUGAACAUUUUCCUUUCAUGAACACACCCGUCCGUGUGGAGUCGUACCCACAGAAGAGUUCCAACCCGCUGCUGGUGAUCUUACCACUGCUCGCUCUUCUACUGCUUGUCAUCAUCUUUGUAGUGCUGGUGGUUUUCCUUAGACAUCACAGGCGACGGAAGCAGAGGACCGACACGCCAAAGGAGCCCCCGCCUGCUGGUCUUCCAAGCAGCCAGUCAUACCUUGGACAAACUCAGCGAAGCACCACUGUUCCCACAGUCACUGUCACCCUAUUGAACCCCAACAACACAAAUAAUGCUCUCAGUCGCUUACUGGUUCAGGACCAGCGACCACACAAUUACAACACAGUUGAUUCAAACAUUCUCAUAAGCUCUUGGAACAGUGAUUCUCCCACUGCAUCUUCGCAAAUGAUCCAGACUACCACACCUACACUUCAGAGGAAUCAGUAUUGGGUUUGAGCCUAAACUGUUCCCACAAAGUUAGAAGCAUGGAAUUUUCCAAAAUGUUUUGCUAAAAUGGAAGAAUUGAGACUCGAGGGGAGUUGAUUGAUUACGAUAUCUCCCAAGACUUUUGUUCAUAUCUGUGUAUGAGUCAGGGUCGUGGUUUUUACCACACUGUAGCAUUUUUUGUGGACUCAUUUAGGCAGCAAGAAGGCCUUGAGGAGCUCCGUCUGGAUCAGCAACAAUAUAUGGAGACCAUGUCAGACAUAAAGAAGACCACUAAAAAGAUGAAAUACCGUAUUGACGCUAGUAUAAGAUGCUAGUUUUUACCUAGAAAAACGUCUGAAAAUUCUUCUCACCGUAUAGUUGAAGUUUACAGAUUUAUACAUGCAAACCAGAAGGUGGCACCAAACAUUCUCAAGGAGGUCAGGGCUUUUUUUCAAGUCACUGACACACUCUGCAGUGUGUCACUCAUCUUUGACACACUGCAGAGAAGCAGCUAGGACAAAGACCCACUGGCAAAAAGUGUCUCAAAAGGUUGGGCAAGUUAGCAAACAGAGGAGUUAAUGCUAAUGUUAACACAAUAUAGCAGAGUCGUCAAACAACUGUCGAGCAGCGAAGAAAUAGGUUAUCCGUUUUUGAUUGCAAAAUUAGUUGUUAUUUCACGGAUAUUGAAAACAUGACUUAAAGUUGGGGUCAUCUUAUGUUUGGGUCAGUGAAGCAAUUCAUUGCAUCCUGCUUGCCAAUAUUUGAUUCAUGGAAAAACAACGCUCAGCGAUCUGCCCUCAAAUAAGUAGCAAAGCUUAAGAAAUCAUACUGUUUGGUACGCUGGCUCGAUAUAGAGACGCCACCUCUUUAAUUGCACGGUGUUGUGGCUAUGUCUGUGGUAUGAAAAGCACACUUGAAAGCUUUGGAGAAGACAUUUGCUGCCAUUUCAUAACGUGGAGAGUAUCAAAAGUUACAAGUUAGGUUUGUUUUUUUUUUUUAAACCACUGCUGAUUUACUUCGUCCUGCUGCUAACAUUGUUAUCUCUUCCAGUGAGUGGCACAGUUGUACAGUAGCUUCUCUGCUCCACCAGAGGGUGCUGUUGUUACUUAAAAGUUACAUGGUGUCACUUCGAUUAUUGGGAAAGAAUACUAUUAUGCGUAUAGUGAAAAUAAAAGGCAUUAUUUUCUAAUUUAUAAUGAUUAUCACCUAAUUACCUAAACUUGAUGCCUGAUAUUUAUGUUUAUUAAUUAUUAAAUCUCCUACAUUACAGUCUUGAAAGGCUAUCUUUUUCUUUUAAAAAAAAUGGCAAUUUUAUCUUUAUGAUGGUUGCAAGUGGGCCACCAUGAAAUUAUAUUUUAAAAUGAUAUUUGUAUAAGCCUGAUGACACUGGUUAAAAGUCAGCACUGUUCUUUUUCCAGACCUUUUUAUGGCAUACUCAUUUCAGCAUGUGUGAACAAGAAAUGCACAUUUCUCAUUGAAGUUAAAACACUGUAUUGUGCUCGCUCUCUUAUUUGAAAAGGAAUGCAUCGUUAACCUGCAAUUUUCUUGUCUGUUUGAGCAGAGAAAAUUAUGCACAAAUUACUAAAUGGUGUGCUAGUAUUUAUGAUUUGGGGUGUUUGAUUAUUUGAAAAAAAGGCUGCUUGUCAAUGAAAGGUCCUGAAACUGCUGUUCAAGAAAACCACUAGAAACAUUACUGUAUACUAUUUUGUACUGGACUGAUGGAAAUCCUUUAUCCAAUGUAUUCUAGUCUCCUCUAAAUAAUGUAACCUAUAUUAUGUCAUAUGUCGCAUUUUAUUUAUGCCAUAUUUUUUAUUAAACCGGUAUAAAAUAUAUGCAAGGUUUAUGGAAACAAAUUGUUUUCAUUGUCGUUAUGCACCUUUUUGCCUGUUUUUGGUAUCAAUUUACGAAUAUAUGUAUGUGUGUAACUGCACAGCAUCACACUGACAUUUGUUACUAAUAUAUUAUAUAUAUUAGCUUCAUACGAGGUGCAAAAUACUAGAAACCCCUUUCUGAUGCAGUGCUCUUUUCAUUGUGGGAUGUCGGAGUGGAUAAGGAGAAAGACCUUUUACCCUUGAACAAUAUAUCAGAUCUCUUAAGUGAUCACUGUAAUUUAAGUGUUGAUAACUGCAGCAUGUAGGCCACAAGAAGACACUAAGUGCAUAUUCGCUUUAAUGAGGUUUCACUUUGAUGAUCCCAGAUGGGUUUAACAAAGCACUCCAACCUCCGCACUUGUUUCAGUUCUUAAGAGUCCAUGUCUCUCUCACUGCCUUCUUAAAUACAUCAUUAGAACGUCUGAAACACCAUUUAGUUUGGUCAUAAGAGCCAAUCAAGGCAUGUAAAAUACUGCAGAGGCGUACAGAAUGUAACAUGUGGUUGUUGAGGGCCGCCCUUUUAGGUUAGGAGGUUUCCGAUUAGAUUUUGAGUUUAUUUUUUGCAUAUUUACACCAUUAAUUUACUGCUGUUGCAGACUUCUGAGUUGGAUUAAAUUCCAGCUGUUAAAAGCAGAUGUUGUUUGUCUGCUUUUGUUUAUAUUUCACACACUGUGUGAUGUUUCCAGCACAGGCGUAAAAUAAUUGCAAGUCAGACCGGAGGCCCUUUCCCCUGAUGGUUCUUGUUGGUUUAUUUUAAUUAGUGUACUAAAUGAAGCACUCAGAUGAAGGUGGGGGCUGGGACAAAAGCACAGAUGCCUACAAAGAUUUUUUUUAAAAGACAGAAAACAAACAACAUGAACACGUGUGUGUACGUGUUUGUGUUGUGUGUAUCUUGGAGUACAGCCACAAGGGUUGAAGGGGUCGUCAGCAUUUUGUUAGACAUGAAUGCGGCGCCACUAAAGAGAGAGAAAGGGCUUCCUGUGUGAGGGGCUGCAAAAACAAAAGCAGGACUAUAGAGAACACACAGUGCUCCCGCAUUCCAGAACCUUCUGCCAGGUACAGGACAGCAUGACCCAAUCCACGUGUUCCCAUGGUGCAUUGCAUGUGCUCCAAAACUAAAUGUAUGAAGCCAAACAUUUAAGGGGGAAAAAUGCUCAUAAACAACUCAUUUUGACAAAUAAUAUACAAUUUAAAUGUGAAUAAAUGAUCCUGGACGGACAAGAAGAAUUGUGUUCACAUGCUAUACGUUAUAUAGACAUGAUAUAUAUAAACAUAUGUUCGCUUAAAUCUGUUAAUAACUGAUGCUGAAGGUUCCAAAAUGUCUUUUAAAUCUUAUUGCUCAAUAAGCCUCCCACUAUAGUGCAGCAUAAAACCAUACAUAAUAAAAAUCACACCUCGAUAGGUGUAUUUCGUAGGUGCAGUUGUGGUAAGAGGUUUACAUACACUCAUCAUAGGCAUGUGUUCAUUCUGGGCCCUUAAUGAUUUCUUUGAACUGAAACUGAAUGUCUUUCAACUUGACAAGGACAAGCCCUAUUAACUUCUCAUUAGUUUCUCUGCCAGCAUACAAAUUUUACACACUAUACAGUAGCUCUGGGUUUUGUGUAUAUUUAACAAAAGCUUAUUGAUGUCUAGGCAGUAUCACUACUAUGAUGGGAUGAAUGGAAGAUGUUUCACUUGCUAAUA